AUGACAGAUCCUGACUGGUUGCUCUGGGCUUCCAUCUCUUCCACGGCCCCCUGCGUGCGUCCUCCAGACCUUCCUCACCGGCCUUCAGCCGCGCCUCAGGACGCAGGGUCCCCCAGCGAACUCCAGUGGCUGCACGUACUCACGCCUCGCGGACUGACCGCUCUGGGCGCAGGCCCGGUGCACCCGGGCGGCCGUGGAGCCCUGCGCAACGCCCUGGCGGCCCCGCCCGUCUCAGCCCCCGGCCCGCAACUUGCCCCGGCGCCCCCAGGUGCUCCGCCGCCCCGCCCCCCCCCCGCGCAGGCCACACCCCCGGCGCCCCCAGGUGCUCCGCCGCCCCGCCCCCCGCACUGCAGGCCCCACCCCCCGGCGCCCCCAGCUGCUCCGCCGCCCCGCCUCCACGUGCAGGCCACACCCCCAGCGCCCCCAGGUGCUCGGCCGCCCCGCCCCCCCGCGCAGGCCAUACCCCCGGCGCCCGCACCUCCUCCGCCGCCCCGCCCCUACUGCAGGCCACCCCCCCCCCCCUCCGGCGCCCCCAGGUGCUCGGCCGCCCCGCCCCCACUGCAGGCCACACCCCCGGCGCCCCCAGGUGCUCCGGCGCCCCCAGGUGCUCCGCCGCCCCGCCCCCACGCGCAGGCCACACCCCCGGCGCCCGCACCUGCUCGGCCGCCCCGCCCCCACGCGCAGGCCACCCCCCCGGCGCCCCCAGGUGUUCCGCCGCCCCGCCUCCACGUGCAGGCCACACCCCCGGCGCCCCCAGGUGCUCCGCCGCCCCGCCUCCAUGCGCAGGCCACACCCCCCGGCGCUCGCACCUGCUCCGCCGCCCCGCCCCCACUGCAGGCCACACCCCCGGCGCCCCCAGGUGCUCCGCCGCCCCGCCCCCCCCACGUGCAGGCCACACCCCCCGGCGCUCGCACCUGCUCCGCCGCCCCGCCCCCCCCCGCGCAGGCCACACCCCCGGCGCCCGCACCUGCUCCGCCGCCCCGCCCCGCCUCGCCCCGCAGCCCAGGCCACGGCCUCCCGCGGCUCGGGGUCUCCCCAGCCCCGCCCCUCAGCACGCGCCGCGCCCGGCGCCCCGCCCCGCCCGUCACGUGGCCGCCCCUCCCCCGGCGCGCUCUCGGAUUGGCUCCCCCGGCCGAGGGGGCGGGGCCUAGCGUGCAGCCCGGCCCCGCAGCGCGGCUGCAGUUUUCAAACCUCAACUGCGAGUCGGGCCGCCGGGAGCCGCGGUCGCCGGGAGCCGCCCGCCGGGGAACGGGUCCAGCUGCGGGCCGUGGCGCCGAAGAGGACGAGGGGCGCCGCCACCGCGGAGCGCCGGGCGCCUCGGCGGGCCGGAGCUGGAGGAGCCGUGCGCUGGCCGCCGGCGUGCGGCGGGACGGGAGCCCCUCGGAGGGGCCGCCCGGGAGGAGCGGCUGCGGCCCGAGGGUCAGUGUCCCCCGCCUCGCGCGACCGCGGGCCUGGUCCCGCCGCGCCGUCGGGGCUCGGGCUGCGCACCCGGCCUCCCUGCGUGUCCCCGGAGCCCCGACCCCGGCCGGCGCGGCCCUGCGGCUGCAGCCCUGCCUCGCUGGCUCCCGGGGUCGCGCCCCCCUCCGCGCCGCGUCCGCGCGGUCCUCGGGGCCCGGCCGCGUCCUCGCCGGGGGUGGGCACGGGCCGCUGCCUUCCCCGCGGAGGGUUCGCGCUGGCCUUGCGGGGGAACUCGGGGCCCCGCUCGCGGGCGGUGCUGUGAAGGCGGCGGCAUCGGGGGCAGCCCGGGGCGUGACCUCGGGUCCCGGAUCGGGCCCGCGGCGCGCUCCCCGUGCCCGCGUGUCGCCUCCCUCGCUGGGUCUCCAAGGGUAA